AUGAUGGACCAGGCUGUCAGCCAGGUCCUGAGCAAUGUCGAGCGGGCCGUCGACGAUGAGCUCGAGCGCCAGGAGGACGAGCUGGCAAACAUUCGCAGGCGCCGCGUCGAGGAGAUGAAGCGCAAGGCGGAGGAGAAGAUGGAGUGGCAGCGGAAUGGGCACGGAAGGAUGGCAAUUGUCGGCGACCAAAAGGAGUUCUUCUCCUACACCAAGUCGUCCGCACGCGUUGUCUGCCUCUUCACGCGCGAGCACGGCAAGAUCCUGACCGAGCACCUGAGCAUGCUCGCGCAGAGGCACCUCGAGGCGCGCUUCAUCUGCGUGGACGCGGAGAAGGCGCCCUUCAUCACCGAGAAGCUCAACAUCUGGAUGCUCCCGACCAUAGUAUGCCUCAAGGACAACAAG